CGGCGAGGGGGAUGCAACCUCUCCAAUCUCCAAUCUUCAAUGCGAGGGCGGCACGGGAGACGCGGGGAUCCGUCUCGUCGGCGCCCACGACGACAUCACACCCUCUCGGCGCGGCUUGGAGAUGCCGCCGUCUCGGAAGAGAUGCCAACCGGAAGUCUCCCUCUCGCUUGGUCACGAUCAACAGCAUGUCGCAUGGCGCGCGUGCUUCCCGAAACAGACUUUCGCGUGGCUGCCGGCCAGGCCGAUCCAGCAAAUGGCAUCCCCCCCGUCUUACACGAUGGUCGCCGAUUACCACCUACCAACCACCCCCUGCUUGCGCAUGCUCUUCCUCUCACCUAGCGCGGCAGGGCUGUAGGCUAUCCGCUUCAGCCUCACACGUUGACAUGCGGGUUCCAGCAGCGCAGAGCAGGAGGAGGUGGUCUCGGCUAGUCGCAGCUGCGCCGGCCGGGUCCGCAUUGCAACUCGACGGAUGUCGGUGCAGGAGGGGAAAGAGGGAGAGAGUGAAGGAGAAGAUAAAAAAACCCCAACGGCUCCGUACCUUGGCUCUGGGCGCCUGGUUCCCGGUGGAGGUCAUACAGACACAUAUAGUAAACACAUAUAACCGCCCCCUUUCAACUUGGGUCCGUCGUUCUUAGAAGAAGAUCAUAUACCUCCUGUACUUUCAACUAAUCAGUGGCGGA